UCGUCAAUCCUUCAAGCAACAUCAUGAAAUUUCUGGUUUGCGCUUUACUGCUAACAUCUGCAGUCCUUGCAGAAGAAUCCUCUAAAUCGAAACGUGGUCUUAUCUUAGGCGAGCAUUUGGGACAUGAUGUUCUUUCUUUGGGAGGUUUAGAAGGCGGUCUAGGACUCCAAAGUGGGAUUGGACUCGGGGGUGGUCUUGAAGAAGAACACCAUGGACAUAUCCACCACAUCACUCUACACAAGAAAAUCCCAUACCCAGUACCACACCCCGUUCCAGUACACAUUGAGAAAAAAGUACCAUACCCAGUUAAAGUGCCAGUACCAGUGAAAGUCGACAAGCCUUACCCUGUGCAUGUGCCUGCACCUUACCCAGUCCAUAUUGACAAGCCUUACCCUGUUAAAAUCGAUAAACCAUACCCCGUCCCAGUGAAAGUACCAGUCAAGGUACCAGUACCAUUCAAGGUUCCUUUCCCAAUCGCUAAGCCUUACCCAGUGCCCGUCCACAAACCAGUCCCAGUACACAUCCCUGAAAUCAACAUCAUCAAGAAACCAGUACCUGUUUUUAUCAAGGGUCACCACGAAGGGUUCUCUGAAGGUUUGGGAGAGAGCGGAUUGUCGUCUCUUGGAGGUGGUCUCCAAGGUGGACUCAUAGGAAGCCAGGGUUCGUCUUUAGGAGGCGGAAUCGGUCUCUCUACCGGGGAUGAGUUUGAACAUCACUAUCACCAUCACUAUUAAUUAUGUUAAUCCAACUGUUGUUUAUUAUUUAUUGUCAAGGUCAUUCUCUAAAAUAGUGUGGUUUAGCUUCACGCAGUGGAGAGUUAACCACAUUAUUCGCAGCCAGAAAUGGAUUGUCGAGCAACUGUUAAAUUUCGUUAAAUAUGUGAGAUUUCCUUUCAGCGUUGGGAUCAAAUCCACAUUUCAACGAAAUUCUUGUCUGUUUUUCUAUAACUGAAUACCUUAUUAAAGAUUCCAAAAGCAUUA